AUAUUAGGCCCGCUGUGCUCAAAGCCCUCAAUUUCGUAUCUGAUUGGCUUGAAGGCGGUAAACCAAAAAUGAGAAAGAGGAAGGCAACAUUAUCGGGGCCUAAUAGAGAAGACGACGAGACAAAUCUCUUGGGAGAUUUUGUUGCGUAGCAUCGAUUGGGUGUUUAACUACAUUCUUUGUGCAAAUAUCGAAGUACAUAGGCAUCGAUUGGCCAUUUUAUUGCAAAGCAACGGGAGAGCCGAUCAGCCAAAGACAAGGACGAUUAUGCCAUUUCCCUUGAAUAGUUGAAGUUUCACCUGCAGUUGGGUUUUUUUUUGCCCUUUGGCUUGGAUUCUUGGAAGACAAAUUUGUUUUUUAGUCUUGAACAUGUGGUGUUUUGCUGGUGUUUUAGUUGAUGUUUGGCCUUCGGUUGCCUAGAGUUCUGACUUCUGAGAAUGACAUCUGCUAGUAAUUAAUGUCCUUUGAUUCUCUGUGGCUAUGAAUGUGUUGAUGGAACCCAUAAAGAUUAUCCGACCCUUUCUUGAAAAUCUAUGGGAACACACCUGAUUUGGACAAUAUGGAACCCUCGAUGAAAGAAGAUGCUCAGAGUCCUUCACCUUACAGCAACAGAAACGAAGUGCACCCCCUAUCUUUUGGUUCAGCACAGAACCUUGAAGGGCUUACACUUAAAGCCACUAGACAUCAGGACAGUUAUGCAGACAAUGAUGUAAAUUCAACUUCAGUAUUUUCUAGGCCUAUGCAUGAGAUCACAUUUUCAACAAUAGACAUACCAAAGCUCCUAAAAGCGAGGAGCUACACAAUGAUGUUUCAUAGUGGACAACUCAGUAGGUUGCCAGCUGUACUUGAGGAAGGGUUCUUUAGAGGCUUCUAUAACAACUGCCAACCUUUUAGGCUAAGAACUGAUGAAAGAUGGAUUCUUAAAGAAGCAAUAUUAGAGAGAAAGCUUAAUCUUCCUGCUCACGAGAAAGAGGUUACAAAAGAUAUAAGUCUUAUAAAAAAAAGGAUGCCAGUGGGAUCAAAACCAGUUCCUAAUACAACACAACAAAGACCCAAAGCCAGUUUAAUGACAAGAUCAUCUUCUAUCCAUCCACAACCUGAAGGGGUUGCUUCACCAAGGAAGAAGAUAAGGAGGCCAUGUCUGCAAUUGGGUGAAAUAAAGGAGAAAUCUAGUAAAUUAACCGGUGAUGAGGUGGCAGGACUCAACAUACAUGAAGCACAUGUGUUUUCAACAAACAAUGGCUAUUCUUUGGAUGUGUUUUUGGUUGAUGGAUGGCCUCUUCAGGAAACAAAGGCUUUACAUGUAACAAUGGAGAGAGCUAUUGCUAGGAGUGAGGGUUCAUGGUCGGAUAGAUAUAAGAUUACACAAACACAACCACAUUCUUUUCGUGUUUUAUUAAAAGUAUGGGCUUUUAUUGAAGCUUGGAUUCCUGGAAAAAGGUAUCAUGUGGAAACAGAAGCAUAACAAUAAGAAGUAGAAACAAGAAAUGUUCCUUAAUAGCAAUGUAGUAUUAGGUUAUAUCGUUAGGGAAAACCUCUUAAUAACAAUGUACAAUCGGAUCCACUUAAGACCAAUG